AUGAGGGUAGAAGACUUGGAUGUUGAGGUUUCCUCAAGUGAUUAUGACACCAAGUGCAUUGAGGAUAUUCAAGAGGGUUAUGAUCGACUAGUUGAAGAAUUUCUCAAAGAAAAUAAGAGAGUGCAUGCAUUGAGCACAAGGCUCAAAUCAAGUGUAGAAGAAAAGCAAGCACUCCAUGCAGACUUAAUGAAGUCCAAGGCUCAAAUUUGUGGGCUUGAAGAAGAGAAUAAUUCCAUGAAGGACAAG